AUGAAGUUCCUCGCCGAGUACUUACCAAGAAUCAGAACUGUUGUUAUUACUAUUGAGAGUCCAAAAGAAGUUCAUGUAAAAGGCUUGGAACCAGAGAGUGUUGAGCUCGCAAAUGACCAAGGCGCUCGAUACGUUAUAGAGCUGCCCCACCGAGUAGUAAUCGAUAGUUCGCAGAAUAGUUUUCAGUCUUACAAAGACUAUAAGACCCUCCGGCUUAGGGCUGUUGAAGACAAAGGUGAUCGUGAUCUCUACAAAAAUCGUUCGUUGAAUUUUAUGAUGCAGGUCGUUCCUCAGAGAUGGAUGAAAAGAGACCUAUUAGGCGAAGAAUUCCAGCUACGAUGCAAAGAUUGCGAAAGCUGCGUGCUUGCCAAAAAGGAUUGUGUUCAAAUAAACGAAAUGCCUUCUGAGUUUUGGGCCGAGCUUAUGGAUUACUGGCAUUGUCACAAACCAGCAAGUAGUGACGGUAUGAGAGUAGAUCGAUAUGCCAAACUAUCUCCAUUACCUGGAGAGCUGCUGGUUGGUAACUCGUUUUUUCUUAUAAGCAGCAGCUGGCCAGGUAACCAGCUUUCGUUUGAAGGCGACAACACGGCGUGUUCGAAGUGCUCCUCAGUCUUAGGGUGUCUAUCGACUGAUAAUCUUUACAAAAUCAACAAAUGGAAUCUUGGCUUGGUGAGAAACGGUAGAAAAGAGGUAUACCCACCCGAGCAUUUUGUAAUAUCUGCGCUCUUGGACUUGUUGAAUGCCGAUGGAGCUCGAAAGAUUAAGCUAAAAUGCCAGGAUUCUUCACAGCAUUUGCUUCUCUGGAUAUUUGCCGUCGGACUUCAAGUUACGCUGCCAUUAGGAAACAGAGUUUCGAACUGUAUGAAAGUGUACUAUAAAGAGGAAAAGGUAGACGAGUCUGCAAUAAAUGCAUCAAAGGUUCAAAAUAUAGAGGAACUUGCCGUGCCUGCCAUUGCGUUCUCAAGUUUCAUUGAAAAGCUGAAAACAGCACAUCAGCAAUUACCUGCAGUAGUAAAAAAGAUGGACAAUUGGAGCUUAGGUUUUGUUGAAUACUCAUAG